AUGCACAAAGGACACAUUGUGGAGCAGGGAGAUCACGCAACGCUGAUGGCUCGGAAUGGUUCGUACGCCGAUCUAGUUAACCUACAAACACUAGGAUCUGCGCCGGCAAAGAAUGAGACCACGGUCAGCAUCGAGAGCAUCAGCAAGUCGGAUCAGCACUCUUUGACAGAUACCGAAAACGAAAAGACGCCUGUGUCCGCUGAGGAAACCGCCUUGACGGUCGGUGAUAUCCCCAGCGCCGAAUCGGCAGAAGAGCCGGACGAGCCUCCGACGCCGUCCAAAUCGUUGUGGGCUUUAGUGCGAGGAUACGCGCCCGCCCUGCGACCACACCUUUUGACCAUCUUCCUGGCGCUGCUCGGCGCCAGCGUGGUGGGUGGCGCCUUCUCGGGCGAGGCCGUGAUCUUCGGUAACACCGUCGGCAGUCUGAAUCCCUGCCACACUGCUGACAGCAUCCGAUCGCGUGGUAACUUCUUCGGACUGAUGUUCUUUGUCCUGGCUAUCAUCGAGUUCUUCGCGAACCUGGUCAGCUGGGCCGGCUUUGGCUGGGUGUCGGAAAAGAUCGUGUACACCGUGCGCGUCUUGUCCUUCCGCUCGCUGUUCGAGCAAGAUCUCCAGUGGCAUCAGUCAGAGGGCCGUAGCCCUGCGUUGCUCCUGUCCUACAUCACCCGUGAUGGCAACGCAUUGGCUGGUCUGAGCGGGUCUGUCAUCGGCACCUUGUUUUCGAUCUCCGUCAACCUCGUCGCCGCUAUCAUCCUCACCCAUAUCAUUGCCUGGAGGAUUGCGCUGGUCUGUCUAGCAUUGGUCCCCCUUCUCCUUGGGGCGGGCCUGAUGGAACUCCACGUGCUAGGCCGAUUCGAAGAACGGCACGAAAACGCGUAUACCAAGUCCGUGGACAUCGGCGUCGAGGCGAUCACGUCGAUCAAAACAAUCGCAUCCCUAUCCCUGGAGGACGCAACGCUCAAGACCUAUCGGCGAUCGUUGAAGGGGCCACGGAAGGAGACGCUCAACGUGACCCUCCAAGCCAGCUUCUGGCAAGCGAUGACCUACUUCUUGGGCAAUCUGGUGAACGCAUUGGCCUACUGGUGGGGCGCCAAGCAGAUCAUCGCUGGCAACUAUUCCCAAACACAAUUCCUCAUUGUCGUGUUUUCCCUGCUGGUGAGCGCCCUUCUGUGGAGUCAGAUGUUUGCUCUGGCGCCGGAGCUGUCCAGCGCCCGGGCAGCGAUGGCGCGGAUCUUAGGCCUCAUCGAGAUCGGGUCGGACAAGAUGCAAGGACGUGUACCGAGUCCUUGCCUCGUCGGUGACCCGGAGGCAACCAUCGAGACAAAGCUGCCAGACGGAUCGAGUCAACCGGCCUCGAGCGUUCAACUCCGCGACGUGCACUUCUCCUACCCGGCCCGACCGGACAUUCAGGUGCUCAACGGCCUGACUGUCGACAUUCGGCCGGGAAAAUUCUGCGCCCUGGUCGGACCCAGCGGUGCCGGUAAAUCAACCAUCAUCUCGCUGGUCGAGCGAUUGUACACGCCGCAGUCCGGCGCGAUCGUGGUGGACGGCGUCGACGUGACCAAACAUCGCGGCGUCGCUUUCCGCGACACGAUCGCCCUUGUGCCCCAGGAGAGCGUCCUCUUCGAGGGCAGUGUCGCAUUCAAUAUCGGUCUGGGCGCUCGGCCGGGCCACGAAGCGACCGCGGAGGAAAUCGAAGAAGCGUGCCGGCUGGCGAAUAUCCACGAGGUGAUUCAAGCGCUGCCCGAGGGAUACCAGACGCUCUGCGGGCCCAACGGCAGCCAGUUCUCGGGCGGCCAGAAGCAACGACUGUCGAUCGCUCGGGCGCUGGUCCGGAAGCCGAAGUUGCUCAUUCUGGACGAAUCCACCAGUGCUCUGGACGCGGAAUCGGAGAAGCUCCUGCAAGACGGACUGGAAAAGGCGGCGCGCGGCAUCACGGUCAUCGCUAUCGCCCAUCGCCUCCAUACGAUCCGCAAGGCGGACGUCAUCUUCUUGAUCGAUGAGGGGCGAUGCGUGGAUCACGGAUCGCACGAGGAAUUGCUGCAGAGGUCGGACAGCUACCGGGCCAAUGUCAUGCAUCAAACCGUGGCAACGUAA